AUGCCUCACGCAGAAAACGGAACGAUGGGUGAGAACUCUGUCAACGGGGACGCCGUCCACUCUCAAUUCCUUGACCAUUUGACGUCCUAUCCGAUUGUCUCCGACUCCAUCCACUCCUUCAAGACCAACAAGUACGGCGCCAAGUCGCUGGAAUAUGCGGAUCAAGGCUAUACUCGCUUGGCCAAGCCAUUUCUGCCGUACUUCUCCAAGCCGUACGGCUAUGUGGCGCCGUAUGUCGCGCAGGCGGACACCCUUGGAGACAAGGGUCUGAGCAAGGUCGAUUCGACGUUUCCCUUCAUCAAAGAGGAUACGGACACGCUGAAAGGAACGAUCCGCGAUGGGGUCUCGUUUCCCGUGCGGUUUGUGUAUGAUCUGAAGGGCCAUGUGUAUGAUACGUAUGGGUCCGAGUACAAGAAAUGCGGGGGCGACGGGAUGGUGGCGAGCGGCAAGGCGAUUAUCACGACGAGUUUGGUGCUGUCGCAGGAGUCGUUGGCUUAUAUCAGCUCGUUGCUGCAGGCCAAGAAAGCCCAAGUGAAAGAGGCGGUCAAUGAGAAGACGGACAAUUAG